AUGGCCCCCCAAUUCCCUCUCAUCCAGCCCCCAAACUGCCCUCUAUGUCCCAACACUCCCAUACGCGCCAGAGUCGAUCCUGCAAAACGCAGCCCGACCGCUGGUCGUCCCUACUACUACUGUCAAGCAGACCACAAACGCCAGUUUCUCACCUGGGACGACAUGUUGGGCAUCUCCUCUGCCAACCCCCGAUGUCGAUGCGGUCAUCACAGCCGACGAAACGAGGGCAAUGGACCUGUGCCGAGCGCAUGGUACAACUGUUCUUCACGACGAUGUUCUUUCAAUCAGAACAUUGACGUGGAUGACAUUGAUGAGUCUCCCCAUUCCAGCCCUUCGAGCCGGCAGGGUAGUACUGGCUCUUCAACAAUCGCCGGUUCAACGUACGGCGGAAAUGACAGGAAGAUGACCGCAAGGGAAGAGAACGACAGCGAACUGCUUGACAAGAUGAAUGCCAUGACUGUCAAGAUCAAGAAGCUAGAGACUACCAUUGCCUCUCGACCUUCAACCACUGCCAGGCCCAUCGACGGCGAUUGUUGUGUGCAUGGGAAUGGACGUCGGUCAUUUUUCAGCCGUCGUCGAUGCAUCUGUAUCUAG